UGGAUUUACAUUUUCCUGCGACGCAGUCAAAUAUGGCGACUACCUUUGAUUCUCUAGCAAUACCUGCUCGCAAAUUUCGGAGAUUUCACAAACGGAAUAACGAAGCAACAAAUAUUAUCUAAUCAAAAGGAAGAACUGUGUUUUCGCCAAUUUUGCAAAAUGUAUCGUGCAUUGUAUGAUUACCAGAGCAGUUUGCCUGGUUAUUUAUCGUUCAAAGCCGGUGACCAGUUUACGGUCAUCGAAAAGACAAAUGAUGACUGGCUUCUGGCACAAAAUGGAAUUGGACAAGUGGGAUUUGUACCUCACAAUUAUGUUUGUGGGACAAAGGAAAAGUCCGCAGCUGUGCUAAAAUUCGUUGAUGGUUCAAUUGAAGCAAUUCACCUUCAAGCAGCAAGUGAAGGGGGCCACUACACCCAUGAUCAACGUGACAAUCUCCAGAAGAUGAUUAAACAUAGAAGUGACCUGGCCUUUUACUUCCAGUCAAGACCACCCUUGGAAAAAUCACAGUCUAUGGGUUGUACUUUUCCAACUUCACCAAAAAGAGCUGCCCCAGCUCCACCUCUUUCAGGAGCACUCAGACAGUUAUCAGAAAUCCAAACAAUUGCUGAGUCAGCCUCCAAAGAGGGUUUACAGGAUGAAAAGACAAGUCCUGUGUCUGACAGAAAUGAAUCUCCUGAAUUUCCUCCCCCACCAUCUCCAACAAGUGAGGCUGCUGACUUCAGCUACCAUUCAGCCCAAGUAGGCAAGGAUGCCAUCCAGGAAUCCAGUGUUAAAGAGGACAUUCUUAAUCAAUCGAAUACUGACUCACCAUAUAAAACAUCACAAUCAGUAACACAGGUAACUUCUGAAGGUGACUUACUGAAGUCUGCAUCAAAACCUCUGGAUGUCUUUUCAGUGCCAGAGAAGAUAGGACCAGAACUUCUUGAAGAAGUUCGCAGAAACACUGGACUUAGCUAUGAGAAAUCAAAGAUAGCACUUGAAACAGUAUUAGGAUAUGUUGGAUUCCAAAUUCCAGAGCUAGAAAUGGUAAUGGAUCGUAUUCUGACAACAUUUCGGAUUGAGAGAGACAUCUCUGAUGAAGACAUUAAAAGCCACGAUGCCCAGCGACUAACUGUAAUCUUUGAGGAGCUCACUGCCUGCAAAGAAGACUCACAACAGCGCAGCUGGGCUUUGCAUGAAGAUGAGGCUGUUAUUUAUGAGUAUCUGGAAGAACUGCUAUCCAUUCUAGAAAAUGCCAAACCAUCAAUAUGCCGAAAGGUUAUUGCCAGAGACAACUAUGAUAUUCUCCACAGCCUUGUUCAGUACUACCAAAUGGAAACCCGUGCAGUUCUUUGUCGAUCCCUGCUGAAGGUUUUUGGGGCUGUGUGUGGUCUGCAUCAGGAGGCUCUGAGACAGCUCUUGUAUUCUGUCUUACCUCUAGAACUUGCCCAGGAAAUGCUACAGUACACUUAUGAUGUGCAGCGCAUGAGCUAUACAGCAUUGCUCAUGACAAUGCUUUUUUCUACAGGAGAACAGCCCACAACAGCUACAACUGACCAACUAAACAAGGAAUUCUUCCAGCAGAUUUUGCACUUGAUAGAGGAGCCUCCCUCAGUGCAGUUCGAAGACAAAGUAGUGGACCAGCUGGUGUCCUUCAUGCUGUCAUUCAACCUGCAUCAUUAUGACAACAACAAAAAUGCCAUACUUCAAGCGCUUUCCAGCUAUAGUACACCCAAGGUCUUUACAGAACAUAUGAUGGUUCUAAUCAACAGAGGAGGUGACCCUGUCAGAAUGUUUGACUACAUGCCACAACCACAGAAUUCAGUUCUGAAGCUAUUCCAUAAUCUGUACAGCAACCCUGCAACAUCCGACUUGCUGUACACCAAUGAUGCCAAAGUUCUCAUCGAUGUUAUAGUAGGCCGACUGUUGAAUCUCUCUCCUGGUGAUGCAACAAGAACAUCAUUCCUUGAAUUAUGCUACCUUGUUUUACGAAAUUCAUCCUACACUGAGCAUAAGCACCGCUUGAAGGAACUGUUCUGCUGUCUUGAGGCAAUUCAGGAAGAAGAGGCUGACACAGAAGACAAACGAAUUGCCAGAAAAAUACUUGAUGAGCAUAAAGACCUCCUUUCCCUGUGAAAAUUGCAGGUGCAAUUAUGUCACUCGUAGUUUUAGGGAAAGUUUAGUGACACUGCCAUUGGUUGCUUUAAGGCUUCUUUAAGCAUUUAAAUGCUUUGCUAAAUUUUGGAGUGUUAUUUCUAUAUUGAUUGUAUCAUAAAUCAUAGAUACUUAAUUUAUUGUAGUUUAGUGAAACUGCAGUUUUGGAAGCACAUGAACACAGAGAUUGUUCUUAUAGGCAGAUGGACAGGGGAUAUUCAAUAAUUUUCUUGUCAUUCCAUUUCUACUGGUAGACUAAGGGAUGACUGCAGAUAAUACUGAAGUAAUUUUCCUGUUACCUUUGACAAUGCCUGGGGUUUGCUUUUGGCUGGUAAUUUCAAAUUUUCUUGCCUUAUUUACUUCCUUUCACUAGUGUCAAAGAUCAGAUGUGUUACAAAAACUUAAAAGCACUUAUUUUCUAAUGAAGAAACAUGUAAUUCUUUAUUAUCCUAUAUGCUGUUUUUGAGAUCUAAGCCAGAUUUUCAGCAAGAUUUGUGAUGAUGAGCCAAGUUUUGUGUAUCAGUCUACUUCAUGGCAGUUUUUUUUUUAUCCCCUUACCUACCUGUGGGAAAAAAAAGGCAAGAAGCAAAUUCACGUCAGAAAAUUUAAAUUCUACUGUAUGUAGGAAAACAAAAACUAUAGUUGUAUCUUCCAUGAUUUUUUUUUAAAUAAUGAAAAUGUGACCUAAAAAAAAAGAUUAUACUUAGAGCACACAACUUUGGUAAGUUAAGAUACUUCAUACUGUUCAUAUUUCUCAAUUUUCUGUGGUCAAAUUAACGGUAGGUUGAUUUAUACAUUUUCACACCUAUGGUCAGGGAGAAUUUAAUGAGGGGUAUUUCAAUAUUUUGCUGACUGUGCAUUUUGUCUUAUGGUCAUCUGCUAGGCUUUAUAAGUGGUGUAAAAAUUGUUUAGUAUUGAGUAUGUGUACAUAGUGCUUUUCAAAUGAAAUUCAAUUUUAAAAUUUCUUAGCCUGGCCUCUUUAGGGAGCAUAGUUUCUGGUUAUUUAAACCAUUGUCUUUUUUCUGUGAGUGUUCAAUAGCAGCUUUAUAAUUUAUUAAUGUGUCUUUCUCAUUCACAAUUUUGCUGCCUUUUAACACUGUGCAAUAAAAUGUUGUCCUCCAAAUAUACAAAACGAAAUAUGAUUUGCUCAACUGUUUUAUUGUCCGUCUCUUGCAAUCUUGUGGUAUAUUUGUUUGAACUUUCUGCAUCUCAUGUGGCAUAAAAUUUAAAUCUUUACAGUUCAAUUUCUUGCUUGUCUGCCAAGUAGAUGUGGUUUUUCAGCUAUACAUAUUCAAGUAAAUUGUAACAAGUCGAUCUUUUUUAUUACCUGUAUGCUUCAAAGCAUGUCCAAGUGUCUAUUUUUUCACUUAAUAGCCGCAGCACUUGUGAUUUAAGAAAUGCAAAAGUGCAGCGAGAAACAAUAAUAAAAUAUCAGCUUUGAAAGGUCUUUACUGCAUCAAAAAGCAGAUUGCAAAAAGAAAAGGAAAUUUUUUUUUUAAAUCGUUGCCUCUGAAAUAAUGGCCAUGAAAGUAACACUCAUAUGCUGUCAGAAAAUGCAUGUUAUUAGUGGGGUAUUUGUGUGGCGUCUAGGUGUUAAAGGGGAUUAUUUUCCUUAUGUAUAUUGUGAUAAGUCAAAGAAAGUAUUGAUGUAUGGCAACACCCAGUCAUUUUGCAGACCCACAAUAUUCUUCAAAUAUUUAGCGUUUUUGAGCUCUAUCUGUACUUUUAUAUGACAACUAGUCUCAAAAUGAAGUUGGCUAUGAUAAAUAAGUAAAUUUUUAUUAAGGCACCCAUAUUUUUUUAACAGCUUUUGUU